AUGGUCUUUUCUAGUGAAAGAGGAUUUCUUGAUUCUGUUGAUUUUUGUAUAUUUGCUGGUGAUAACAUUUAUGAAAUGGAAAAGAAUAUUCAAUUAGGUCAAUUGACCCUGGAAGGAAUUGAGUUGACUAAAAAGGGGAAAGCUCAAAUUGAAGUUUCUUUUGAAUUAAGUGAUAGUUUCAUUCUCAAUGUUACUGCCACUGAUUUAACAACCAAAGUAAAGAGUGAAAAGAUAAUUUCUUUGGAAAAGUUAGAAAGUAAUAGGGAACUCACUAACAAACUUGAACAGGAUGCUACGAAAGAUGGAGAAGAGAAGGAAAUAAGAAAAUUACUCCAUACUUAUAAUUCACCAAGUGUUCUCCAUGAAGAAUUGUAA